AUGAUUGUGCAAAAUAGCGUCUACCGUGUUCCAGCGGCUCCAAGACUUGGUUUUGCUGAGAGUGACCAGGAGCAACGGCGAAAUCUGAAGCACCACAUCAUCCAGAUCUGCAAAGAUGACGCUACGUGUUCUGCUUGCACGGAACCAUGUCGAGAAACUUUCUCCGAUGCCAACUCAUGCAAGAAUAGCGCUUGCAAGGACACAACAGAUGGAAGUGCCUGUGAAAAAUCUUGCGACUACCUCCAGCAUAUCUACACUGAAAAACCGGGAGCUUGUCCGAAAAUAAAAAACCAAUCCAAUUAUGAAUGUACUGCGCUCUGUCACCUGGAUGGAGAUUGUCCUGAAACCGAAAAGUGCUGCUCUUAUGGUUGCAGCAGGCAGUGUGUCUUGCCGAAAGGAAGAGAUCCGCGGUUGUUGCCGAUACCGGGCUCCAUCUCUGUCCAGGAACGGAAGAGGAAGCGCUCAAUUAUUAUACGCUGGGUAAUGCAGAAGCUCACUCGGGAGCAAAAUGCUGCCAAUUCAAAUCUGUAUGUGGUGCAGUGGCGGUGGGGUCUACACCCUGAAGGCGAAAGUAUGACCGAAUGGCAAACGGUCACUGUGAGAAACAAGCCAUAUGCAAUACUGAAACAUCUGCUCUCACCUGGGCGGUACUAUGAGUUCCGCGUGGGAGCUGUAAGCAUCCAUGGCAGCCUUGGAUUUAGCCAGCCCUCACAGCCUUUCAAACUCUCUAAAGAAGCCCGCGCACCUUCAUCACCUCGUGACAUCUCCCUGGGGGCCUCCCGUCUCACUCCUAUAGGUUUAUGGAAUCAAAUAGUGCAGUGGACUCCACCCACAAGCGAUUUACCCAUCAAGAGUUAUCAGCUGUCCUGGGCUGUGUCGUCACCUUCCGAAGCCAAUGCAUUUGAGGAGAUGAUGCGACGUCGUGCCACGCUUACAACACACGAAAAGCGAAGUCUUGACGAGGAAGAAGAAGCGUGGGGCAUUGACGGAAGGGAUAGACAUUCCGUAAUUGUGCCAAGCCAUACUACUCAGUCGGAGCUGUCUGGACUGUUUCCGAACUCUGUCUAUAUCGUUGAGAUCCACGCUUCCGUCGACUCCAGCGAAGGUGAACUUCACGGGGAGAAAGGCAUUAUUUUUGUUAGGACGUUGAAUGCCACUACAUCAGAAAUCGUUCAGGACCCGCCUAUCGAUCAAACCGGCUUUGAUUUAGCAGUGCCGACAACUACUGACGAGGACGAAGAUGAGACCACGGACGACAAUGUGGACAUACAAACGCCGUACUUUGAUGGAGAGCUUCGAACGACCGUUAACUGGAUCAACUCUCGGACCUGCUCACCGGAAAAGAAAACAUUCGUGGUGACGGUAAAGCGCGGUACUUGUCGUGAAUAUCAGUUGAAUCAACAUGUGGAUACACCAGUACAAGAAUUACGAGUCGGUGAGUGCUCUGCGGCCAUAGGGGGCUUGACGUUUGAUUGCGAUUAUACGCUGGAAAUCUCGGAAGAAGAGAUUAAGAAGACGGUGAUCAGCACAUCCUUCUCAACCAAGUCAUGCGAUGUCACACCCGCUCAAGGAGCUUUACCCUGUCUGUCGUUAGCUACUCCUCUCUUCUGCAUAGUUCAUGCUACCGUAUCCUGCCAUUGGGUACGAGAUCGAGGAACAAAUGCAGAUACCGUAAUCGGUUACCGAGCUGCUUUAUCGUCGCCAGUCCGUGAUGACACGAAUAUCACAAUUCUACCUCCACAAACGAGAGAGGUCCAUUAUGAGAACUUGGUACCAUCCACGAUGUAUACCCUGCAAAUACAGCCUAUCACAAAUCGGGGUAUGGGCAAGACUUUGUCGACCAAUUUCGUGACACAUUCGAAAAUUCUCGACGCAAACGUUAUCGAACGGUUCCCUGGUGGAGAAAUAAUUGAAUUACCCUUGGAAGCCUCAGCUAUGUCACUGCCACUCUUUUCCACCUUUAUCCUAUUGUUUUCACUUAUUGUGCUGUUGUGA